GGCGAGGCGGAGGAGGGAGGGAGAGAGGGAGGCCGGAGCCGUGGUCCUUUGCGCGGCUGCCUGAAAGGUUCCGAAGGGCGGCAUGAGGAGGCCGAGGCGUGCGGGGGAUGAGAGACUCAAAGCUGCUAAUUUAUCAUUGUUCAGCUGCAUUAGAAAAUGCGCCAAUACACCUUAAUACAAGGAUGAAAACAAUUAAAGGUGGCACCCAUCCCUUCUAAAGCUGAUUUGAGACCAGGGAUGAAAUACAGCUACUACCAGCUUGUAGUUUGAGAAAGAAGACAGGAAUAGACUUCUGCAGUUCAAUACAAUGUCUUUGAAGACUCUGUCAUUUCUCUGUUCUGGAGAAGUAGAGGCGAGGAGUACCUGCAUCUCUCCCUAAUAAAGUGUUGAACUUCUCAGCCAGCAUUUAUUCUUCCAGCAUGUGUGAAUAACCCAUCUCAGAACCCCUCACCAGCCCAGGAAACUCAAGAGAUUUAGUGUCCUUGACGGUCGCUGGUUUCAGUCGCUCUGGGGGAGCCAUGAGACUAGCAGGCCCGCUUCGUGUCGUUGUGAUUGUCUUGACAGCUGGAUUGACCUGGAUCCUUGUCAGUAUCAUGUUGGGCACUCAAAGUGGCUUCUCAAGGCUGCAGCAGCUUCUCAGCAGUCCUGAGAAUUCUCCCACUUUAGACUUUGCACAUCUUCACCGUUUGAAAAGUGUCCACAGUAUUCUUGAUCAGAUCAGAGUGGUACCGGCACGAAGUAAUUCAGGCAACAACAUUAGGCGUCGCAAGCCCAGGCCCAAGAAGUACAAGUGUGGCCUUCCUCGGGCCUGCCCAGAGCACACGUUGGCCUUCCGGAUCACAAGUGGUGCAGCAAAUGUCAUUGGGCCCAAGAUCUGCCUUGAGGAUAAAAUGCUAAUGAGUAGUGUGAAGAACAAUGUUGGCCGGGGUCUAAAUAUUGCACUGGUGAAUGGGGUGAAUGGAGACCUGAUUGAUGCCAAAUACUUUGACAUGUGGGCGGGAGAUGUGAAUGAACUGUUAAAAUUCAUCCGGCCGUUGCAUGAGGGGACGCUGGUGUUCGUAGCCUCUUACGAUGACCCCGCCACAAAAAUGAAUGAAGAGACCCGCAAAAUCUUCGCAGAACUUGGCAGCAGAAUUGUCCAGGAGCUUGCCUUUAGAGACAGCUGGGUCUUUGUGGGAGCCAAAGGGGUGCAGGACAAGAGUCCCUUUGAGCAGCAUGUCAAAAACAGCAAGAGCUCCAACAAGUACGAGGGCUGGCCUGAGGCACUUGAGAUGGAAGGCUGUAUCCCACAGCGAACUGCAUAUGACUAGGGCGGAUUGCUAUCCUCGGAGUCUCUGAGGUUUCUUCCAGCUCUUGUCUUCCCUUAUGUUGGCAGCUGUCUGUUGUCCUUCUCUUCUGCCUUAUUCAGGCAAUCCAGUUCUUUCUUGCCUGGUCCAGACCCUGGGAAGUGGGGUAUGGUAUGACAAUAUCUGAAUGAGCUCCUAUUCCACCACCACCCCAUGACCAGGCAGUCUUCCCCAUGUGCCUUAUUUGCUGUCCUGGAUGGAGGAAGUAAUUCCUUUCCUUUCUUCUCUUGGAAUGGAUUUAGAGAACAAAUUCAUGCCUCUGUCUGGGAAUAUUGGCUCAGGAACUCAGAUUGCGCAAAGUUGAUAUAUUUAUAUUUAUGUGGUUUUCUUUCCACUGUGAUAUUUUGAAUCAUAAGUGGGAACCUCACUCGCACUUAUGCCCUAACAGAUACACACACACACACACAACUUCCCAGGGUAAAAGAUGCAGGAGAUGUGCUGAUAGUGAUGGGUGUAGCUAAAAGCCAAAAAUGAACAAUGACACCAGUUUCUCUCUAUCCAGACCCCUUUCUUUAUCUGCUUUUGUCUUUCCUAAAUUUACACUUCAGUCACAUGGAUCUGUCCAUCCGCCAUUCUUGACAUGAACAGAGUCUUCUGCACAGCUCUGCUGGAGAGCACCAUGUUCCCAAUUGCAAGGACAAGGGCAGGGCUUGGGAAGAAGAAAUAAUUAUGAGUUGAAUGAGGAGGUCCUGCAAGCCAUCUUCACCUUCAGGGAAGAAGCCAAGUUGGGAAACCUGUGCUCCAAAGGCUUUACAACGUCCCUCAGUCCCAUGCAAUAUGGUUAACAGUAAGGGAGAAUGCAAGUUGUAGUCCAAACUGGCUGAAGGACCAAUGGUUCCUAUCUCUAGGCCAGCACUUCCCCACUCCUGUGCUGGAGGGACCAUUCCUUUUCUGCUCUUGUUUCUGUAUCUCAGUUUAAUCCCUCCACCACCAUUAUGUUUUGGUACUUUUGCACAACUCCUGAAAGAUGCCCAGAUGCUAUUUUUGGAAAAGUUGUGUUGGUGUUUCAUUUGUGUCAGGACAAGACGGCAUCUGAAAGCCCCUUGUUCUUUCUCACACACCUUUGUUUAUAUGUUACAGUGGAGAGAAUUGAAGAUGAGCAUUUUAUUUUUGAAAAUCCUUGUUGCUGUAGAACAUCUCCAAUAAACAAUGUACAAAAAGA